GGGGCUAGAGCGUUCGGGUUUUGUGCCUGUAGAAAGUUGACAACCCGGCUCCGGCCGCGGCCAGGCUCUGGGCAGAGCCUCCGCUCUCCAGGCGGACCCGCCACCCCGCAGCGCCUCCUUGGAGAAGGGGGCUCCCGGCCCGCGAGUAGAGCGGGGCAGAGGCAGCCCGACCCCUUCAGGUUCACGAGUCACCUUCGCGCAGCUCCGCCACAGCGCCGCUGCCGCCAUGUUCGCUGCUGCUGCUGCUGCUGCUGCCGCCGCCCCGGCUGCCGACUCCCCUUCGCCGGCGGCGAACCCAGCGAGCCCCUCCGCCGCUCGGGCUCGCAGCAGCGACCGCCCAGCGCCACGGCUACCGCGCGCGCGGACUGCGCCUGCGCGGGGCUCGCCAGUCUCGCGAGGUGGGAGGAACGGGGCGGGCGGGGCGACUACUACGGGAGACACUCACAACAAACAUGGCGGCUGCGGUGGGUGUUGGGAGCGGUGGGGUGCAGGGGAGGUGAGUGAUGCUCUCGCCCCGUAGCUCAGGAGCCGGGCUAUGGGGGCGGGUGAGAGCCGCCCAGUGCCCUCAUCCCCCAGGGGCCGCCGCCGUCGCCGCCUGUGACUAGCCCCCUUGUCUUCUCCACCCGGGGCCGCGGCCCUGUCCUCGGGGAGCAGGAGGCUGCAGUGGGGCUGGGGCCGAGGGCGGAAGCGGUGACAGCUCCCCGCCCUGCAGAGGCGGACCCCUGGGGGGCAGUGGGUCUUCUCUUCUCCCUCCAGGUGAGUGGGGGGGGGGGCUUUCCUUGCUCUCUGUCUGGCUCCCAGGUGAGUGGGUGGGAUGUGUGCGUGGCCCCCGGCGGGAUAGGGUGCCCCUGCUCUUUGCCACUCGCUCCCGGAGUUAAGGGAGGAUGCCCACGAGGGUUUUUCCCUUCUCCAGAAAUGGGGUGGCCGUUUCUUUCUCUUGCACCGCUCCGCCGGGGAGACAGAUGGCGAGGGCGGAUGGCCGACAGAUGCACCUGGCGCGGUUCCAAAGGUGGUCUAAUUUUUAACAAAACUUAAACCGACACAAACGAGGGGUAUUGAAUGUGGGAUGGGUGUGAGAGAACCGUCUUCGGGAAGUGUUUUCUCUGGCAUGGAGUUCAUAGGACCCCCUUGGGAAUGGAUAUGAAUCAGCUAUAAACCCUCUUUUCUUUAAAUCGAGUUUGCUUAACAGAAUUCUGCAGUGGUAGUGUUGUUUUCUUCCCAUGUUUGGCUCCUACCAGGCAACUGGUGUGGGAAGCAGUGCUCUGAAUGGGGUGUGGAGAAUCUGGUUCUUGGCCUUUGUAUGAAGACUCAUUUGUGUCAUAGACUUUGAAGAGUGCCAGGUGGGAGCUCUUUGAAAAGUUGUUAGUAACUCUUUGUGAGGAAUUAAUUCUCAGGUCAUGAAACUGUGUUUAAAACCUUGAGCAUUAUGUGGGACUGCUUUAGAUCCUGAUUUUCCCCUCCUCCUCCCGGUACUUCUUGGGAAGAAAGUAAUAGAAUAAGUCACAUGACAGUUACUGGGGUUCAGAGGUGUUUUGAUUCUUUGCUUUAUGAAAGAAUCCCUUCAUUCUGAGAUACCCAGCUAGUGGUUUCACAGCAGGCUGAGAUGGUAUCAGAGAGACUUCCUUGAAGGAGAAUGUGACACUUCAUAUGUAUGUUUGCUUGCUGUCAAAGGUUUUCAGACUGCUUGUUUGUGUCACAGCUAUUUCAGAGCCAUGGUAUCUGAAGUGUAGGAGCAAACCAGAAGGCUCCACAGUGCAUGUGUGUGAAUUUUUACUUUAAGAGAACUGUAGAAGACUUCAGUAAUAUUUUACGUAAGGCUUUCAUAUUAAAGCAUUCUAUAGCAUUUUCUAGAAUAUAUGCAUACAGCACUGCUGAAAUACAGCUAGCUUUAGGGUGAAUGGGGGUAUCCAGGCAGAGAACCAGUGCCCACCCAGUACUCUAUACAACAGUGAAGUAUAGGAUGGAAAAUGUUGCUCAAGAACAAUUAAUUAAACAAACCCCCUAUUCUUAAAGAAUGUGCUAUAGAAAACUCUGUGACGCUUGUAGUAGGUAGAAUCUCGGAUUACUAUAUACGGCCUGUCAAAAUUAUCAUGAAAACUUACCAGUUAAGGUACAAAAUCUAUUACCCUUCCAUUUUCCACGAUGCUUGGUGGUGCAUUAAAAAAAAUUAUAUUCUCCACAUGAGUAGAAUUUCAUAAGAGUAGUUUGAGAUGUCAUCUAAAAAUUACACACUAAAAUAUAUAGCUUAAUUUAUUCUGUUCAGGUACCCAUAGCCAUGUCAUGAGCAACUUUAGUAUGUAAUAUGACUAGUAUCUGUCAGUUGUGGUUUUUUUCUCUCUCUCCUCUCUCUCGGGGAAAAAUUGUGUGCAUUUUUUUUUAAAAUGCAUGAUAUGCUAUUUGUUCAUUUAAGCAAGGUCACAGAAGUGUUCCUUGCAUGUGAAACAGAAAAUGGUGAGGUUUGAGUUAGUUCUUAAAUCCUGUUGGGAAUUUACGAACAUCAGAAGGAUGAGGGGCGUCUGAGGUUCAGUGGAGAUGAAUGGAGGGAAUGGAGUUAAUUUAACCAUGAUGGUCAGACCACUAAAUCAUGUCUUCUGUCUUUCCUCAGUUGCACUUUUCAGUAUUCAUUCAUCUGUUAGAGUUUUUCAGACUGAAAUUUUACUGUGUAAAUUACCACAUGAAUCAAUUUUCCCCUUGAAGCAAAGAGUAUCACAAUAGACUCUUUGGUGAAAAUACAGUUCUUUUAAAUGUUGAUUCCUGUUGAGCCAUCCCAAAACUCAAUUUUCUAAUAUUCAUUGUUGAAUGGUUUAGUCCAGUGGUGCGCAAACUUUUCCAGUCGCAGCCCCCCCCCUUACCAUUAAUAGAAUUUGUCAUACCCCUCCUCCAUUACUUGUGAGCUGAAACUAUUUUUCAUGCCAGAAGGUGGAGGGGGAAAAACAGAGAUGACUGUUCAUUCAUUUGGUUUAGUGUUAUAGUGUCUAACUCGCUUGAAAGGUCCCAGGCUCUCAACUAUUAUUUUAUAUGUUUCCAGUUUGUCUUUUAAUAUCAAUUAUUAAUCAUUAAAUGAGUUUUAAAAUUAGAGAAUCAAAAUUAAUUUUAAAGGCAUAGUAGGCCUACUGUAGUUAUGAAACUUAAAUUGUUGAAAAUAAGCCAGCCUGUGCUUUUAUUAGUAUGUUGUUGUUGUUUUUUUUUUUAAAGGGUGAAAUGCUAAAGUUUCUUCACACCCCCACCCCGGCCCCCAACUCUUCCCCUCCCGAACCUCUGGCACCCCCCUGUUUGUGCACCGCUGGUUUAAUCCCUAUAUUUGACAUGCCUUAAAGUUAUAACUUGGUGAGACAUGGCCUCUGGAAUCUAAACUGCUUUCUCCCAUCCCCCUCCCCCGCCCCCUUUUUAAUGCAUGAGCUGGUAUCUUUGUUCUACUAUAGGAGCCACCAACAAAUGAAACACAAGUUAACUUAAACCUAGAGGAAGCUGAUAUCUGAAAGAGGGUAGGCAAAAUUGAUGUGUAAAGGUGUGCCCAGAGUUAACUUACAGUGAUCAGAAGAGAGAAUAGUGGACCAUAUUCAGUCCUGCCAUAAAAGGGCACCACUCCUUGGAAGCCAAUAGAGUGGCAUGCUUGUAUUAAUUUAGAUGGAAUAAAUGAGCUAAAGGUGGUGACAAAACCCAGUCAGUGUCUAAUGUUAAACAGAGUUAUACAAGGCCUGUAGCUUGGUAUACAGAGAUCUCAGCCUGCUUAGCAUCAUGGCAAACACACCAUUAAAAAUCUUUUUAACCUUGUAUUAAAGGUACAGAAAAGAAUGAAAUUAUUAAAACCUUUGAAAUGCAAGGUAUUAAAUAAGGCUUUCAUUGUAACAGUAUUUGUUGUUCCCUUUCCCUUUAGGAGAGUGUUUUUAAAAGGAGAAACCCCCUGUUGUUAGUGUCUUAGAUGGAGUCAAAAGAUGGUAAUAACUGUCCUUUUGGGGAAAAGAGAAGAAGUUAGUUGAGAUGGGCUGGAGAUGCUGCUGCUGCUGUUGUUUUUCAGUUCAUCUUAGAAGGAAAAGCCCCCUUGUUUGACAGUCUCUUACAUGGCAUUAAAGAUGGUAAUAACUAUCAUCCUAGGUGAUGUUUGGGAUUCAGCUGGAGAUGGUAGGGGGGGCAAUGUCAUCUGGGCUCCUCUCUCUGGCCUGUUCUGGUUAGGACACCUCUCAGGAUCAGGAUGAUGAAGACCUAGGGACCAAGGAAGCUGGGGGUUGGCAACUGUGAUACUGACACUCACUCCAGUAGCCUCUCUCUGUUCUCUCCAUAUGUCCUUUUUGUUUUCAUACUUUCCCCACAAAAUUUUCUUUUAAGAACCCCCAAAAGGGAGUGAGGGUGGAAUAGCCUAUCCCCUCAUUAUUUUGUCCACCAGUUGGGCCUAAUAUUUGACAUACCAAUCUUAGCUUAUUAACUUCUGGCUCCACAUCUCCUGUUUUUAGCAAGUGUAAUUUUAACAGUCCUUGAGUCAUAUCAACUAGGCCUUUUUAUUUAGACUAAUUCAGUUAUUCUGUCUUCCAUUUGGACUUCUAUCCAUCAACCUUUGUUGUUACAGAGUACUGUAACAUUUUAUGAAUUUAUACAUACUUAUUACCAUUGAGCUCACAUUUUGGGUAAAUUUGUAGGCCCAGUUGUCACAACAGCACCCACUUACUCCAGGGCUGAAUUUCAGCCGCUGUAUCAGAUUCCAAAAAUAGCAGAUAAAGCCUAUCUUAGGAAACCUCCACUGGUUAACCCCAUUCCAAUAAUUUUUUAGACACAAUUGAUACCAGUAAUCAAUGUUGAUAAACAAGGACAUAAAUAAACCAUUGGAAUGUUGGCUAGUGUUGAACAAGAAAGAAAGGAAAAUGGAAAAAUCAUGUUUAACAAAUGAAAAAAGAUGUCAAGUAGGGAAACCCCUUUGACUUAUUUUCAAACCAAGGGUACCUGGGGAUCUUUCUCGCCUAUCAAUUUAGUUUUGUUGUGGUUUUACCUUCAGGUGGUUUUAGUGUGACAGUUGUUAGAAAGUAUAAUUGUUAUACAGUUUUGAGUACUAGGAAUAUCUUGAUUUUGUUUCUCACUGUAGACUUGUGGGACUUUACAUAUUUUAUUAAAAUUAUCUCUGUAUGUAUGGGAUAUAUACUUCCAGAGUGGUUUUCUGCCUCUGUAUUUCAUCAAUAUUGGAGUGAAAAGGACAAAGUGGAACUGAUUUGAAUCGAUAAGGUAGAACUCCUAUUUCACUCCUUUGAUAUUUCCAAGGUCCUCUCCUUUAUUCUCUCAAACCACCAAAAGUACAUCUUGUUGACUAUCCUUCCAAAUAAGAACCGAAUACAGCUGCUUCUGAAGCUCAUUAGUGCUGUUCCUGAAUCAGGCAAUUGGAACAGCAGUGGUAUCCAACACUUUUAGCCUGAACAUGUUAUUUCAAAAAAGUCAAGACAUCACACUCACUUUUUUGAGACAGAUUUUCUCAGGAGGGCACCAUCCACAUAUACCUAGCUAGCUUUUAUGCUUCCAUCCUGAUGCCCCCUGCUGGGGUCAAGUUGUGUAGGGGAAGCAGCUGAAGCAUGUUGCAUUCUGGCAAUCCUCAGCUGGUUUAUGGUUUAGUGGUCCCUUAGGGACCACUCACAACUGGUGCAAGGUAGAACAACCCCAAGGCUCUAAACUGACCUCUGGCAAAGAAUCAGGGAGCCAUAACUGGUGGUUCGUUUUCAGCUUCUCUUUUUUCUCCUCUGGCUGACUGCCCUGUGUGAGGGUGAGGAGACAUCCUUCACUAGGCAUUUCUGUAGGUUAAGGCAGAGCUGAUUGAGCUCCCAUCCUGCUCUCCCAGAGACUCCAGCAACUUGGCAGCGAUUGAAACUGUCCCUUUUCAGACUGAAACUUAUCUUCCAUCUUAAACUCAUUGCAAGUCAAAGUCCUACGAAAGUCUGGUCAUUUACAAUGGUGAUAUUGGAAAAGAGUGACAAAUGGGAAAGUGGGGCAGCUGUGCUCCCUUGCUUUCUGUCUGACCUACUGGGAGUACAGGUUGGAGUAUGUUUGCUACCUAGGAGGAAACUGAAAUUCAGGCACAAGUUAUUGUAAACUCAAAGUGUGAAUAUGGGUGAAAAGAAACCGGAGCCUCUGGACUUUGUAAAAGAUUUUCAGGAAUAUCUUACUCAACAGACACACCAUGUAAAUAUGAUUUCUGGAUCUGUUAGUGGGGACAAUGAAGCAGAUGCCCUUCAGGGAGCUGGGGCAGAUGGUGAUCAGAAUGGACUAGAUCAUCCUUCUGUUGAAGUUUCACUGGAUGAAAACUCAGGAAUGUUAGUGGAUGGGUUUGAAAGGACAUUUGAUGGAAAACUGAAGUGUCGAUAUUGCAACUAUGCCAGCAAAGGAACAGCACGACUUAUAGAGCAUAUCAGAAUUCACACAGGUGAAAAGCCACACAGAUGCCAUCUAUGUCCAUUUGCAUCAGCCUAUGAACGUCAUCUGGAAGCGCACAUGCGAUCACAUACUGGUGAAAAACCAUAUAAAUGUGAAUUGUGUUCCUUCCGCUGCAGUGACAGAAGUAACCUGUCUCAUCAUCGUAGACGCAAGCAUAAAAUGGUACCUAUAAAAGGUACUAGGUCUUCCCUGAGCAGCAAGAAAAUGUGGGGGGUUUUGCAGAAGAAGACCAGCAAUCUGGGAUACAGCAGAAGAUCAUUAAUUAAUUUGAGCCCACCUUCCAUGGUGGUUCAGAAGCCAGACUACCUUAAUGAUUUCACCCAUGAAAUCCCAAAUAUUCAGACUGAAGCAUAUGAAAGCAUGACAAAAACAACACAGACUGGUGGCGUGGCGAGAGAUCCACAAGACCUUAAGAUAGACAAUCCAUUAAAUCAGCUAUCAACAUUAGCAGGACAGUUGUCUAGCUUGCCACCUGAAAACCAAAACCCAGCGUCUCCUGAUGUUGUACCAUGCCAAGAUGAAAAGCCUUUUAUAAUACAGCAACCUACUGCACCAGCAGUAGUUUCAUCUGUGUCAACAAAUAUUCCUCAAAGUUCAUCUCCUACUAGCCCAGAUCCUCGGCCCCCACACAGUCAAAGAAACUACAGUCCAGUGGCAGGUCCAAGUAGUGAUCGCAGCGUCCAUACUAGUACUCCUAGCAUAAGUAACAGUCAGCCAAGUACUCCAGCUCCAACCCUUCCAGUUCAGGAUCCUCAGCUUCUGCAUCACUGCCAGCACUGUGACAUGUAUUUUGCAGACAAUAUCCUUUAUACUAUUCACAUGGGAUGUCAUGGGUUUGAAAAUCCUUUUCAGUGCAACAUAUGUGGGUGCAAAUGUAAAAAUAAAUAUGACUUUGCUUGCCAUUUUGCAAGAGGUCAACAUAACCAACAUUGACUGAAAACAUGCUUUCAUUUAGUUUUUUUUAACAUAUGUUUCAUACUUGCUGAAGGAGACCUUGCUCAUCCCCAACAAGAAAUCUAAUAAACAACUUGACAAUGGAGGCAAAAUUCUUUUCAUGUUGUCAUAAAAUAUGCCAGGGAUAUUUGAGUCAUGGAGGUGGUAGUUUUAUGUCAUUGUUUAAAAUAAAGUUAUGAGGAUUGGCGUGCAGUAACAUGUUUUAUGUUUGUUACAUUUAAGUUAUGUGCACUUAAGAUCCAGAAAAACAUUCUACAAAUGCCAAUUCAGAUUGCAUCCUUAAACAUAAAUUGCAACCUAUCAGACUAGAUAUUAAACAAGAUAAGAAGUCUUGGUACCUAAAAUAUAGUAAAAGUUGUUAAUGCAGUGAAAUGUAUGGUUAAUAUGAAAACCAUAUUUCUGCUUAUAAACUAACUGUUUACCAAACUGGAUAAAAUCUUUAACUCACAGCAAAGAAUACACUUUCAUGGACACAUACAAUUUAAAAUUUGUCAGUUUCAUCUGUCAAGAUACCAAAUUUUUAGUGAAUUCUAAAGUUUUUUUUAUGCUAGGCCUUUUACCUUUUUCUUAAAAAAAAAAAAGAGCAGUUUUAUAGAUAUGAAGAAAACUUGAAGGUACCUUUAAAAUAUACACACACUAUGAAUGAGGCUUUGGUAGAAGAGGUUAAAUGAGAAAUAGACAAUAGACAGCUUUGCAUGAGGACAGUUUUCAUUUUAAAAACUGUCAAGACGUUCCCACUUAAAGGUUAUUAAAUACAUAAAUAGAGGCCAUAUUUUAAUUUUUUUUAAAAGAAAAACAAUGUAUUUUAACUGUCUUGCUAGGUUGCCUAUAUGUUUGAAAGCUACACACUCUAGUCUAUAUAAACUGCAGCUAACAUGGAAUUUGUCUGCGGUCUACCAGAGCCCCUACCAGAGGUUUUUUAACCUUCUGGACCUGCUCAAAUGGCCAUCUUUUUUUCCUCCACUGUUUGUGGGGGAAGGUAGGCAGAGGAAUAUUGGUGGCUACAGUGUGGAGCUGUGAUUAAUACUGUGACUGGCAAAUACUGUCUGAAGAUGUACAUGCCGUCCACUGUAUGGGGUAACUAUUUUUUAUAUUGUAAAUCUUGAUCAUUGUAAAAGCACUAGGUAUUACAACACCUGAAUUUGUCAUGUUUCAGAAAAGUGAAUAACAUAACUUUCUCUGUAUUUUGCAAUUCACUUUGACUUUAUUUCAUUUUGUACUACUUGUUGCAAGACACGUGUGGGUUUUUUUGGUUUGUUUUUUACUACACAAGUGAACAUAGACAUACAAGGUAAGAGUAAAUGUUUUGUGGGCAGUAGGUACAAGAUUUACUUCCUUAACAUUUUGGGGGAUUUUUUCCCCACGGGACAGCUGAAUGUCAGAUGUAGGGGGUCUAUCCAAAAACUUCUGUUGUCCUGGAGCAAGAUCCAAAAUCUAAUGAAGUCAACUGAAAGACUCUUGUUUACUUCAGUGGGCUUUGGAUCAGGCCCUUGGAGAAAGAAGAGUUGUGGUAUUGGGAGCUUUUCUUUCACUUCAUUAUUUAAUUAUAAAUUUGGGUCUUGAGUGCACGGCUCUACAGAUUUGUCUAGCAUGAGACUAUUUUUCAUCCUUACAAUAGCCAGUGAGUUGUGUAGGUAUGUAACUUGUGGUGGCUGAUUGAGUGUAGAAAAUGUCUAUUAGGCCAUAUAAUUCACCCCAUGCCACUAGUUAAUAUCAGAGAUGAAACUUCCUGGCUAUGGGCUUGAUCCAAAUCCAUUGACUUCAGUGGGAUUUUAAUAAAUGGAAGGCUCUUAAUAAAUUUCUGCAUAAAUAAACUCAAGAAUAUUUGGAGAAUGCAUUUGUUUAGCGACUAUAAAUUUUAAUGUAAUAAAAAUUAACUAACCUUUUAUUAGAAUUGCUUUUUUUAAACUUUGCAAACAGAACAAUUCUACAGUUACACCAUACUUGUGAAUAAACUGAGACCUAGACAUCUGAAAUCAUACACUUGAAUAUCUAUUGUCAUUUUUGAGGGUUGCACUACAAUUCAUUCAACAUUUAAUCUAGUUGACUGUUGCUCUUGUACAGGUUCUGUAAACUGAGCUUUUUAUACAAACAAUAGUGUGUGGGGAAAAAAUACAUUCUGAAUAGAUCAUUUUAUUGGUCAGCUAUCUGCAUACUUCAUGGUUCGAUCUAACAUCAGCUGAAGCAUGGGUAUUGUAUUUAAACCAAAAUGCAACUGUUACUGUUAAAGACGUUUAGAAAAGCUAGUAGUUGUUUGACUAGCCACAAAGGAAAACAUUUGAUACUAUGCUAUACCAAAUAACCUAAACUACUUGUUUUUCUUGAGGCUUUUGGAACUUUGGGGAAGCCAUUAAAUCUGUUUAGUUUUUAACCAGAUAUUCUCAGUUGGAAUUGUAGUAGCACUUGUCAUACAUUAGUCUGAAUAUUGGGUAGUAGAAGUUGCACAUCACAACCGCUUGCUGAUUGAAAAUAUACAAACAAUUGAGCCCACGCCCUUUGAAGACAGUGGCAAAACUAUCACUCCAUAUCCUACAGAAUUUUUAGAGGCUAUUAUCCUUCCCUUCAUUAUUCUUGUUCUGAUGCUUAGGCCUAGAGUUUUCAUUGGUAGUCCCUGUAACCAUUCAGUACUUGAAUCAACACAUAUCUAGAAAACAUGCCUUGGAACUCUAACAAAAUGGUUCCCAACCUGGUCCAUGGGCCACAAUGAAGAGCCAGGACACCCACAGAAGUAGCGAGAAAUAAGAGGAAGCCUGCCUAGCCCAAUUCCAAAGGGGGCCUUCACUGGAAGAUGGCCCACAUGACAAUAAAUAGUAUGGGCUAACAAAAAGUAGUAUGAAAUUUUGAAAAAUUGUGGACCCUGCAUAGCAUAUUUUGAUGCUAUUGGAUAAUGGUAAAUUGUUUACUCUUCAGCAAAGUACCCAAGGCAACUAAAAAAAGAGAAUUCAAGCUUUAACUCUUAAAAAUGUAUAACAGUUAUAGCCAGAUACUGCUGGUCUCAUGCAAGUACCCCAUUGACUGCAAUGGAAAUACUCAGCAGGAUUUGGCAUUCAAGCCCUGCUCCUACAACAGGGUCUGUGGGGUGGACUUCAUUAACUUCACUGGUGCUCCAGGCAGACUCAAUUUCAGGAUUGGGACCUUAGGUUGCUUAAAAAUAAAAAGCAUAUUACUGUGUUUUCUGUUGUGCCAAACAGUGAUUUGAUUAUACUUAUUUCCUUCUGACUACUAAGUAUGUUUGGAAGGUGCAUUUUCAGUUUUAUUAUUAAAAUUGUAGUUUUUCAUAAUUUUGUACUAAAAUUGUAUAUAUUCUAAUAUUUACUAGAAUUUAAAAUAAAGAGCACAAUUAGUAUUGCAAAGCUGUUUAUGGUUGUGACUCUGCAAACCUUUAUUCUCACAAGUAGGCCUUAUUCUUACAAAGUCAAUAGGAAAUACUUGUCGGUAAGGAUUUGUGGGAUCAGGUCCUAGAUUAGUAAAAUUGUUUCAUAGUGAGUUCUAAAUGUGUUAAUCUGCACUAACUUUAGAAACAAAUCCUUAUAACAUUUUAUAAGGAGCUGUUUAGCUUUUAACUUGUAUGAACAAGGACAGUUCAGGAUAUGAGUUGAAACUUUUCCACAGUUUAAGUUCUAUAUUUGGAAAACAUUAGCUUUGUGUUACUUUGUUUUUAUUGUUAUGGAAUAUUUUAUAGAUCUGUUGGACAAUUUUUAACAUGCACUAUUUAUCGUACUCUUAAUACAGACGUCUGAUUCUGAGGAUUUUCUGUUCAGCGAUCAGUCAAAUAUUGGAUUGAAGAUGUUGGCAGGAGAUUAAUGAUCUCAGUUAAUAUUUAAAAUAAACUGUGAAGCAACUAACGGAAUAAUUUGAUUUUUGCAAAUGCAGUGUUUUGCUUCAGAUGACUUUUGCAUAAAAUUUUAUUUGUAUUUUAACAUACAGCCCUCCGUUCUGGAAAAGACAUGUUCUGACAUCGUUUCAUAGCAGAAUUUGAGCUACGUUGGACAUGCUUUUGUUAUGGAUUUUUUUUCCUUGACAAAGGGAAUGUCACUGGCAAGUUUCCCAUCAGUUUAAGUUUCUGUGAAAAUACAUAGCCAACAGAUGUUCUGUUGCAGAAAAAACAAGUCCCUGCUGAGGCAUUUUUCACUGAGCAAUCUUAGCGUAUGUGCUUCUAGUUCCUGCUUUGUUAAUAAUGUGUAUUUCAAUGUAAAGAGCAUAUUUUGUACGCAAAAGAUGAGACUUGAGUUAGUUGUAAAACAAGUUUUAUUGUGUAGUGAUGCUGGUUUUAGAAAACAAAGGUUAAUUCUGAAAUAACUUGACUAUAUCUAGUGUAGUUCAUGUUGUGGAACUUUGUUUUGUAAGAUAUGAAUAAAACACUUUCUAAUGAUGUUCAA